UCAGAGUGUGUUGGCGAAGAGGCUGGCAACGAUGGUGCUGGCGUCCGAGCCCUCUUUCCCUUCCGCUUUUCCCAAGCUCUCAUCUUCGCCUCGCUUCCAUAGCUCUAUCAGCAAGAGGAUAUUUUCAGAUGUGGUUGGGGAUAUCACUAUUUAUGUUGAUGGGCAACCGUUUCUGUUGCACAAGUUUCCAUUGGUUUCUCGGAGUGGAAAAAUUCGCAAAAUGGUUGUUGAUUCCAAGGAUCCAGAUCUCUCCAAGUUAGAGCUUCAUAAUGUGCCUGGAGGGGCUGAAACCUUUGAACUUGCUGCAAAAUUUUGUUAUGGGACAAACUUUGAGAUAACCACUAGGAACGUUGCCCACCUUCGUUGCAUUGCCGAGUAUCUGGAAAUGACAGAUGAUUACAGGGAAGAAAAUCUUAUUUCCAGGACGGAGACCUAUUUGAAUGAGAUUGUGGUGCAGGGCCUAGAGAAAUCUGUGGAAGUUCUAUGUUCAUGUGAGGGACUUAAUUCCAUGGCUGAGGAUAUCGGUAUUCUAGACAGAUGCAUAGAUGCAAUUGCCAUUAAUGCUAGCAAGGAGCAGUUGGUUUCUGGUUUAGCACGAUUAGAGUGUGAUGGUGAAACCGGGAAGCUGAAGCUGGGUUGCCAAGACUGGUGGUUGGAGGAUCUUUCAGUAUUGAAAAUUGAUAUCUAUCAACGAGUUAUUGCUGCCAUGAGGAGAACAGGUGUGAGAUCAGAUAGCAUCACUGCAUCGAUUAUACACUAUGCGCAAAUGUCUCUCAAAGGUAUUGAGAAACGGCAGGCUUGGGACUCUAGUAUGGUUAUUGGCGAUGAACAAAGGCUGGUAAUUGAGACUCUUGUCGGCCUCUUAUCAACUGAGAAAAUCACUUCAGUUCCACUCUCCUUUCUGUUCGGUAUGCUAAGGAUGGCCAUAGUAGUUGAUGCUGCUCUUGGUUGUAAACUUGAACUUGAGAGGAGGAUCGGUUUCCAGUUGGAUAUGGCUUCAUUAGAUGACCUGCUUAUUCCAUCAUUGCAGAACAGUGAUUCUGUAUUUGAUGUGGAUACUGUCCAUCGGAUACUGGUGAAUUUCUUGCAAAGGGUUGAAGAGGAAGACUCGGAGGAGUCAUCAAAAUGUGGAUAUGAAUCGGAUGGCCUUAAAUCUCCAAGUCAUGAUGCAAUUUUGAAGGUGGGGAGGCUCAUGGAUGGAUAUCUUGCAGAAAUUGCACCUGAUCCAUAUCUAAAACUACCAAAAUUUAUGGCAAUCAUCGAAUUAUUGCCAGAUUAUGCACGUCUAAUUGAGGAUGGAUUGUACAGGGCUGUUGACAUAUAUUUGAAGGCCCAUCCAUCCCUGACGGAGUCUGAGUGCAAAAGACUCUGUAAGUUGAUAGACUGCUCAAAGCUCUCCCAAGAAGCCUCGAACCAUGCCGCUCAAAACGAUCGCCUCCCGGUUCAAAUGGCUGUGCGUGUCCUCUACUUCGAACAACUCCGCCUCAAGUCCUCACUCUCAGGAAGCUCAGCUGAUGGCUUCUUCUCUCAAAGAAUGAUCAGCAGUAGCGGUGCUCCAAGCCUUGCUGUAUCUCCUAGAGACAACUAUGCAUCUCUGAGAAGAGAGAACCGUGAACUCAAGCUUGAAAUCUCAAGAAUGCGGGUUAGGCUAAGUGAACUGGAAAAAGAGCAGGCAUUCAUGAAACAAGGAAUGAGGGACAAUAAGUCUGGUGAGCAUGGUCGGGCAUUCUUCGCAUCCCUAUCCAGAGGUAUUGGUCGAAUUGGGAUCUUCGGUCAAGGCCAUGGACAACAACAAAAGAGCACAAGGAAGUCACAGGGAUCUGAAGGCAAGCAUAGAAGACGGCAAAGGCGAUCAGUUUGAUUAAUGUAAUAAUUUGUCAGAAAUACAGUUUGAGCUUGCAGGUGACAGUACACGGAGAUGUAACAUUAAGGUGAUGAGUUAUAAGUUCCGGUAAUGAAGAUGAUAGUGAAUCGCUUCCAAAAGAAGUUUGUUUACCUACCUAUUAUACUCCUAAGUUGAAUUUGAAUUCAUAUUAGGAUAUCUUUAGGGAAUUGUUUGCAAGGGAAUUGUUUGCAAUUCUUGAGAUCCUUCACUAUGAAUAUAUAAUUAUCUUGCGUUUAUUUUAUUA